CAACAACACCAGCAUUCGCCCAACCCCAUCACUGCACUCCAUUCACACCUCGUCCGCACGUCGUCCGCAUCCAGUGCGCUGCACCCGGUCUUACUCGUACGCAUCAGAGAUCCGCAGACCGAGCUCGGUGCUGAACCUUGGUAUGCCGGGAGGAACGCAAGAUGGAGAACUACCAAAAGAUCGAAAAGGUUGGCGAAGGCACAUAUGGAGUUGUAUACAAGGCUAAGGAUAUCGGCAAUAACCGCAUCGUCGCGCUCAAGAAGAUUCGCCUCGAAGCCGAAGAUGAGGGUGUGCCGUCUACAGCCAUCAGGGAGAUCUCUCUGCUGAAAGAGCUUAGGGAUCCCAACAUCGUAACACUAUAUGACAUUAUUCACCAAGAACAAAAGCUAUACCUGGUAUUCGAGUUUUUGGACCUGGACCUGAAAAAAUACAUGGACAAUGUCGGCUCAAAAGGGGACGGGCUGGGUCCGGACAUGGUCAAGAAAUUUACAUUCCAACUCGUCAAGGGUAUCUAUUACUGCCAUGCGCACCGGAUUCUUCACCGCGACCUGAAGCCGCAGAACCUGCUGAUCGACAAGGAGGGAAACCUGAAGCUGGCGGACUUUGGCCUGGCGCGCGCGUUCGGCAUCCCCCUGCGCACAUACACGCACGAAGUCGUCACACUCUGGUACCGCGCGCCCGAGGUGCUGCUCGGUAGCCGGCACUACUCGACCGCAAUUGACAUGUGGAGCGUGGGCUGCAUCUUUGCGGAGAUGGCGAGCAGAGUUCCGCUCUUCCCUGGCGACUCGGAGAUCGAUGAGAUCUUCCGGAUUUUCCGAAUCCUUGGCACACCGACAGACGAGACGUGGCCCGGGCUGAAGGCUCUGCCCGACUACAAGUCGAGCUUCCCGAAUUGGCGCGGCAAGCCUCUGAGCGAAGAGGUCAAGAAUCUGGAUCCGUCCGGGAUCGACCUGCUCAAGAACAUGCUUGUCUACGAUCCUGCGGGCAGGAUCUCGGCCAAGCGCGCUUUGCAGCACCCGUACCUUGCUGGGAAUGGGUUGUGAGAGGGCGUUGUGAGGGGCAGCGUCCACGGGGUGUGGAAGGCGGCGCACACAAGAGCAGGAGUUUGGGGGACGGCUGUUCGCUUUUGCGAAGUGCGCUUGCCAACGGCGGCAUGACUAGCCCAUUUGACCAUCAUCUCCGCUAUCAAUAGCAUCCAAAACUCAACCCCGAUCCGACCAGCAUUUCUGUCCGUAUCUUCCAACCCCCAUCACAUUCCAUUCCAUUCCAUUCUACCCCAACCCACCUCCCAUGCACUCCAGACUCGAACCGAGCAGACCUCCUUUCCCCACCGCUUUUCUUGAGCAUGGAGACGAUCGACCAAAGCAUAUGUGUAAUUAAGAGCAACCGCAUUUUAUACGACUGUCAGUCAUUCUUGACUGGGUCAUGUA